UUAAAAGGUAGAGUAGUAUAAAUUAAUUUAAAAAAUAUAAUUAUCAAAAUGUCAGAGUUUAAUACCGAGUGUUUAAUUACAAAAGGAUUACGAAAAAAUUUAUUUAAACAGUCAUCGAAUGUUAUUGAUCAUGGCGAUGAUGAAAUAAUUAAAUUAGAAAGACAAUUCCGUAAUGCGUACAUGCUAAAGUCAUUAGAGGCGCAAAUUGCCGAGAAGGAGGCUAAUAAAAUUUCCCAAUCUAUUCAGGAUAAAUUACAAAUGGAUUUAAUCGAUUACGAUAACAAAAAGUUCAUUGAAAACGAGUGUAAAAAAAAAAUUAAAAUUAAAAAUCAGCAGGAAGAAUACGUCGGUUAUUUACGCAAACAAAUUGAGGUGAGAAAAGAAGUUCGUAAAAGUGAAGAAGAAAUGGCGCGAGAGGAACGAAAAAUUUUAAUUGAAGUUGACAAAAUAGUUGACGACAUGCAUGAGUUAAAAAAAAUUCAAAAACGUAAUUUGCUAGCCGAUAAAUUAAGACGUGAGAAAUUAAUAAUGGAAGAAAUAAAGGAAGUAAUGAAUGCGAGAAGACAAGAAGAAGAAGCAGAAGUGGAUAAAAAAAAUAAUUUGUAUUUAAAUGAAAUGAAGUUGAGAGAAGAAAUGGAUAAAAUUACUCGCGAUUACGAAAAAAAAUUACGUGACAGUUGGAUUGAAAAAGUUAGCGAGUUACUUAUGAUUGAUAUGGAAAAGAAGAAAGAACAGUAUGAGCGAGAAGAUAUCAUUUGUGAGUUAAUCGCCGAGGAUAUUAAGUAUGAGUUAAUUGUAAAGGAAAAUGAAAAUAAAUCGCUGAUGAGGGAGGGUAAGAAAAUUUAUGCGAGAGAUUUAAUGGAUCAAAUGCUGGAGUCCAUUGAAUUAGAGGAAGCUGCGCGUAAAAGAGAUGAAAUUUUGACAGAAAAAGUUAUCAAGAGAGUUAUGGAAGAGGAUAAUCUUAGCAGACUCACUGCUCAAGCACGGAAACGUAAACAACUACAGUAUAAAGAAGACUUAGCUAAGUUUAUCGAGGACGCCAGGAGAAUACGUAAAGAAAUUCUGGCAAAGGCACGUGCUGAGUUUGAAUUAGAAUCAUGGAUUGAGAAUGAAAUAACGAGCAUUCAAAUUGAGGACCAGCGUAGAAGAUUAAUUGACCGACAUGCUAAAAAUGUUGCCGCUUAUUUGAAAAACGGAAUCAUUAGAGAAAUGAAAUGAAGAAGAAAUUGAGUCCGGACUUGAUAAAUUUAUAAAAUUAAAAUUGUUAAUUUAUUAAUGGACGAUUUUUAAAAAUAAAAAUUUAUUAAAAUAAAUUUUUGGGUUUUUAUUAACAAAAUAAAUAAUUAUUUAUUUUUAAAAAUAGCUUUUAAUUGAUAUACUAAAAAAAUUGGAGUAAACGCGGAUUAAAUCCGGAGCGGGUGACUUUUUAUUUAUUUAAUUCCCUCGGAGUUGAUUUUAAAAUUUACUCCGAAUCUGAGGAAAUUAAAUCAAGAUCACUCCCGAUUUUUCAUAGUGUAGUUAAUGGUGUUGUAGUUAAUUAGCCUGGAGUUGU